AUGUCCCCGACAAUCGGGGAGACUCUCCGCGUUUGGCUUCUCUCGGCGUUGGUCGUCCACGUCGCGGUCGCCGGUAAUCCAGACGCGAAACGUCUAUACGACGAUCUACUUUCAAACUAUAACAAACUUGUGCGUCCCGUCGUCAACACGUCGGACGUACUCAGGGUUUGCAUCAAGCUGAAACUCUCCCAGCUGAUCGAUGUGAAUCUGAAGAACCAGAUCAUGACGACGAAUCUCUGGGUGGAACAGUCAUGGUACGACUACAAACUUCGAUGGGAGCCGAAGGAAUACGGCGGCGUUCACAUGCUGCACGUUCCCUCGGAUCACAUAUGGCGGCCUGACAUUGUUCUCUACAACAACGCGGACGGUAACUUCGAGGUGACGCUAGCCACGAAGGCGACGAUCUAUCACCAGGGUCUGGUCGAGUGGAAGCCCCCCGCCAUAUAUAAGUCAUCCUGCGAAAUUGACGUCGAGUAUUUCCCCUUCGAUGAGCAGACCUGCGUCCUCAAGUUUGGGUCGUGGACCUAUGACGGCUUCAAGGUGGACCUGAGGCACAUGGACGAGAAAUCUGGAAGCAACGUCGUCGAGGUUGGCGUCGAUCUUUCCGAAUUCUACAUGUCUGUUGAAUGGGAUAUACUCGAGGUUCCGGCGGUCAGGAACGAAAAGUUUUACACUUGCUGCGACGAGCCGUACUUGGACAUCACGUUCAACAUAACGAUGCGACGUAAAACCCUCUUCUACACCGUAAACAUCAUCAUUCCCUGCAUGGGGAUAUCCUUUCUCACCGUUCUAACAUUCUACCUGCCGAGCGACAGCGGCGAAAAGGUGACACUCUCGAUCUCGAUCCUGAUCAGCCUUCACGUCUUCUUCCUGUUAGUCGUGGAGAUAAUACCGCCAACUUCGUUGGUUGUACCACUCCUUGGAAAGUAUCUAAUAUUCGCGAUGAUCCUCGUGUCCAUAAGCAUCUGCGUGACGGUCGUUGUUCUGAACGUCCACUUCCGGUCACCCCAAACCCACAGAAUGGCGCCCUGGGUAAAACGAGUAUUCAUCCACAUUCUUCCACGAUUGCUCGUCAUGCGAAGGCCGCAGUACAAAUUUGAGACGAAUCGAUACUCUUCCGGCAGAGUUCUGAUGAGGACCGUACGAGGCAAAGAAAAACCUUGCUAUUAUCCUUAUCAUCCAACAGCGCAAGAAGACACCGAUGAUCAUAUCGGUUCGAAAAGAUUCCAAAGCCGCGUUUCAUCGAAAGAGGAUCUCUCGCCGUCUAGCUUAACAGACGGUGUCCGAUUCGGCGGUAGCUGCCAAAUCCACGGACCAACUUUACCGCCUCUACCGUUGCCUCUUCACCCGGAAACCGAGGAAUUAUCAGUAUCCGGUGACGGGCCAAUCGAAGAAGUGAAAAGCCCGGUUCUCCGCACACCUCCGGUAUUUUCCCACUCGAAUUGCCCCCCGGAAUUGCACAGAUCUUGCAUCUGCGUCCGGUUCAUCGCCGAGCACACAAAAAUGCUCGAGGAUUCGACGAAGGUGAAGGAAGACUGGAAGUACGUUGCUAUGGUUUUGGACAGGUUGUUCCUGUGGAUAUUCACGCUAGCCGUUCUUGUCGGAACGGCUGGUAUAAUCCUUCAGGCACCAACACUUUACGACGAUCGAGCGCCGAUCGACAAAAAGUUCAGCGAAUUCGCGACGACGACGGUUGUUCGAUGUCCGCCCCAAUAGUCAACGCCCGAGCCCUGCACCGUAGCCAAAGAUUAACCCCUCUACCAUUCGAAAAAAAAAAAACCUCCCCCUCAAGAAGAAAAGAAAAAAAAAAUGAAAAACACGAAAUUACGGCAAAAGGGCUCCGCCGAAUGGCGAAAAUUUUAAAAAUAAUAACGAAAAUAAACGAAGGAGAAUGUAUCGAGUCGAUAUAAACAUUGGUAAAGAAGAGGAGAGAAGAAAACAAAAAAAAAAAAAAAAAAAAACGACAACGUCGACAUUGAAACGAGGACA